AUGAGACAUAUCUUGUUUUUCUUUGUCUCUCUUUAUAAUGAUGAUGGAAUGGCUGGUUAUACAAUGCUCUCUCCUAAAUAUUCACCAUCAAUAAUAAUCAAAGUUAUGAGCAAUGAUAAUAAAGAACAACAAGAUAAUGAAAUCAUUGUUAUAUCAUCUAUGUAUACAUCUUUGAAAUGUGACGAUUCUUCAAAAUGGUAUACUCUGUUGAUUCGACCGGAUAGCGACGAGCAGACUGGUGGCGAAGCUACUGACUCAUUGUCGACAUCGUCAUCGUCGGACGACCUCGACUCAUUGAUACACUUUACAUUCUCGUAUCAAGGAACUAGCUAUCCUAGUGACGAACCACCUCUUUUCAACGUGAAGAGCGCAAGCUUCCUCGCUGAACACUGUGAGCUGUUGAAUCAGAAGCUGCGCGAGUUGUGGUCACCCAAUGAACCGGUCAUCUUUCAAGCUAUACAAUGGUUGCAAACCGAUGCAAUACCGACACUCAAUCAAUAUAUAGAGAGUCAACAUGCAUCUAGGAAAAGAAAUAUUUAUCAUCAAAAUAAACAACAAGAUCAACUACAAAAGACAACAAUAACAACAGAAGAUAAACAACAACAACAACCAAGAAGAAAAACACCAACUAUAUAUACAGGACAAGCAGUUACCGAUAAGAAAAGUAGAUUUCAAGCACAUCUUGCUAUUGUCUACUCGAGUGAAGAUGUCGAGUUGGUACUUGAUAAACUUUAUACCAACAAGAAGAUUGCAGAUGCAACUCAUAAUAUGUAUGCAUAUAGAAUAAAGAUGAAUGAUGGUCAAAUUAAUGAAUAUUAUAAUGAUGAUGGAGAGGCUGGUGCCGGUGAUAAAAUGCUAUUUACAUUGAUAAAGAAUGAGUGUGACAGAAUACUGAUAGUUGUAACUCGUUGGUUUGGUGGUAUUUUAUUGUAUUUUGUAAAUGAAAAUUCUCAAUUCUGUUGUAUUCUCAUCUCUUCUCUCCUAUCUUCUCUAAGUUUCCAUCAUAUCGCACCGAUUCCCAUGAGUGCACAAGAGAGUUCACCUAUCAACAACAAUGCAAAAUCACCGUUACUCACACCACAACAGACGAAACAAAUACCCACCACCACCACAACAGCAGAUAUCACAUCGAAACUACCGGCAACACAACCCAAUGUUGUGCAACAAAUCUUGCCAAUUCCCAAGGGUGCAGAAGAGCGUUCGGCUAUCUCUUCGAAAACACCAUUGGUACAGGCAGAAUCAAUCAAGCCAGAUGCUAAUAGUAAAGUGACAUCAUCGAAUAUGCCACCAUCAUCAUCAUCAUCAUCGGCAUCAACUAGCAAUGUAUCACCACCUUUAAAAUCUGCAGCAGCAUCAUCAAAUGUUGGUUUGGCAACCAAUAGUUUCCCAACGAGUACCUCUAAGCCUAACUAUAUGAUGCCACAACAAAAGAUACAACAGAAACAGCUCACCAGCGAUAUGUUUAAGGGUGUAGACUUCACCGCUACACAAUUUGUAGAGGAUCUCACUAGGAAGUUGGUUAACGAUCAGAUGGGAUCGGAUGGAAUGCGUUUCGAUCCAGUGCCAUUCAACACACUCUUCCUAGAGACACAAAUCAAGCUGUCACAACUAGAGUCGAAUAUCGACUCGAGAUUGAACGAUCUCGUCGAUGAAUGUAAUCAAUACGCUGAGGAAUAUAAACAAAAGUUACAUUCCUUACAUAAAUCAUAUCAAGAAGCAUUUCAAUAUUUUAGAGAGUUGGAAAGAGGUGUCAAUACAAUUGGUGCACAAGCAGUACAUUUUGGUGAUGAAUUAGAUAGUGUUACACAACAGAAGAACAAAGCACAGAGUGCACUAUCAUUGAUUAACUAUCUAUUGGAGUUGAACAACGAGAACAAUUCAUCACAGAGAUCUGAUAUCUUUACAAACUCUGAACGUAUUCAUGAACUUGCUCAACUAGUAAAGAAGCUAAGUAGUGUUAGUGAAGAUAUCAAAGAGAUAACAAUAUUGAAUAAAGGUAAAAGUGAAGCGGAAUCACUUACUAAUACUUUGGAGAAUGAUUUGAUUAGUCAGUUUGAGAGAGCACAGGAUAGAGGUGAUUAUGAGAAGAUGAAACAAUGUGCAACCACGUUGUAUGACUUUAACGGUGGAGCUAGAUGUCGUGCCACCUAUGUACAAAAGUUAAAGAUGUUCUUUGACGUAGCAUCGUUGCGUGCCGAUGAGAAUAUGGCACAUCAAACAACCAAGCGUGUCAUUCGUAAGAAUGUAAUCGUUAAAGAUCCACGUUUCAAACAGUUCUUCUCACAGAUCCUAAAGGAUGUUACACACGAACAAAAUGUAAUACAAGCUGUAUUCAUCAAUCAAACAUCUGCAAUGGCGAUGUUAAUUACGAGAAUCUUUGAACAACGAGUUAAAUCAUUUAUUGAUAGUGUAUUAUUAUUAGAGAAAACAAACUUAUCAUUCUUACAGACAUUGCAUAUCGCAUAUUUAAAGACAAAGAAGAAAUUAGUUGAACCAUUGGCAUCGUUUGGUAUCCAUGGUAUUGACUUUAAUGGUUUGCUCAGCUCUAUUUUCUUCCCAUACCAAGAUGGUUAUAUAAAUAGAGAGUUACGAUCAUUAGAGGAUAUUUUACAGGGUUUAGUAAUGGAGGACAGUGAAAUGAAUGAAGAAGGUUUAAAUCAAGAGUUUACACAAACUUUGAUUCAACAAACUGAAUAUGCACUUGUAAGAUGUUUACCUUUAUCACCAGAAUUAAAUUUAGGUGAGAAUAUAAAGGCUAUAUUCUUCUUGAUGUUAAGAGGAUUGUGUACAGAUUAUAUUGAGAAUAAGUUGGAUAGUGCAUCUCGAUUAUAUCCAGCGACCGAUUCAAGAUGUCUAUCGACACUCAAUAGUUUGUUUAUGAUUAUUUUGAAUGUUAAUCAAGUGGUAGGACAGAUUCAAACACAAUAUCAAUUGUAUGUAUCACCGUUGAUAAAUCAAACCAAUAUUCAAUCACAAUGCUCCGAACAACUUCACUAUAAUAUAUCAUCGAUGGAGAUAAAGAUCUGCAAGGCAUUGGAGUCUUCACUUACCACAAUGGUAGGUCUCAUCGAUAAGUCGCUGCUAGACCAGAAGCGUAACGACUAUCUUAGUGAAGACUAUGACAACUCUGUCACACCAACAUGUACAGCAAUCAUCAAACUGAUACAUAUACUCUAUGAUCUCUGUAAGAGUUGUCUACAAGGCAAGAAUUUAACAAUCUUUACUGAGGAAUUAGGUUUAAAGAUACAAUUUGCAUUUAUAAAUCAUUUUAAGAAGUUUAAGAUUGGACAAGGUCCAGGUGCAUUAAAGUUACUUAGUGAUUUGAAAUCCUAUAAGGAUGCAUCAAAGAUAUUCAAGAGUCACAAGGUAGAAGAGUCAUUCGAUAUGCUCUAUGAUAUUUCGAAAUUGCAUUUCGUCAAUGCAGAGAACUUCAAGUCUGUCAUUGAAGGUGGUGCACUCUCCCGUAUGCCUAAAGCAGAUCUUAUUGCGUUUAUUAAACAAAGAUCUGAUUUUAAAUCAUUAUGGUUAGAUAUGUUAUAA